UGAGUUUAUUUCUGGCUUAUUUUAGAUUUCUUGUUGCACAUAGCCAUCAAAACAGGUGUGACAAAUUGCUAGUUAACUAAAUUUGCUGGUUCACAAACUGUUCAGUACAGUGUACUUCUAGUUUUCACUCGUUUGACCUUAAUGAACUGAAUGAAGAAAUAAACCGGGAAAUAUUUCGCACAUCAAAGAAGGUUUGAGCUCCACAGCAUUAUAUGAUCAUCAUGGCCCAAUGGCAGUUCAAAGGUGUUUCACAGUCAGCACAAAGUUUUCUGUUAGGUAAACCACCAAAUUGAACUCUAAAACACUUUUGUUUUAGACAGAUUUUGUUGGAGACAUUGCUUGUUAUAUCGGUGCCUUCUCCAUUAACCAUCUCCAUUAACCUCAGGUUGCUCCCAUGGGAUGUAAUAAUUGUAUUAUGAACAAAAGUACUUUACUAUUUACUAUAUUUCACUUUGGAUAAAAGCAUCUUCUAAAUGAUUACUGACAUAACAGUAAAUCCACUGGUAUUUCAACAGCAUGUUUCCAAGCUAUUCUGUACAUACAAAGUAGUGGACAUAGAGCUAAUCUAUUUAUCGGCAUAGAUCUUUAAAGUUCUGUGCCCUUGGGAAAGUCAGGCUAUUCCAGACAAGCAUGAAACGGGUUGCCUGACUACGUCAUUGCGAUGGGAAGUGAGGUGUUUAUAUUCAGAAGGUGAGCUUCACCAAAAAGCUUGCCAUUCAGCAUGCCCACAUCCCCUCCAUUCUUAAAAUAUUACUCCAUGGCAAAUGUUCAAUCUAAUUACAUUAUGUAGAGGAGGAAGUUUCUCAGACAAAUGGCCUUAUGCUUCCAAAAUUGAAUUGCAUCCAAAUUCCAAGACGUUAGGAGAGUGAAUGAGAGUUCUUAAUGGUUUUGUUUUCAGUGUGUUUUUCUGAAUGAGUCUCUCUCUAAUGUCUUGUAGGUUUGAUCGUGACAGAUGUGAUGGACAAGUUUCAAGUAAGAUGUCAGAAAACCCAAGCUCAUAUGAGCGAAUCAGCAGUACAGUGUAAAUAUGAACUACAAAGACACCCUACAGACGCAGAUACUGGAAGCGGUGGGAAACAAGAAGUUGGCAUUUGGUGCUGAUUUAUCAGAAGGGAAACUCAAACACUUUCAGGACGAGCAGAUUGGAAACCUUUACGAGCUUAUGCUUGAGUCCACAAAACCCAACAGGCAAUUUGAUAUUCAGGAGGAGGGAAUACCAAAGUAACACCCUCUGAAGGGAAAAGAAGGUUUCUUUAUCUCCUCUCUAUGGGGAAGUCGUCCCAUCAGGACAUAUUUUGACUCAUUAUAAAGGACUUUUGUUCAUAGCAAAGACUAAUGAUUACAUUAAAAUGCUUCAAAAAGUA